AUGGCAACAACGUCCAUACGAUAUGCAAUUGUUAAAUCAAUUAUUUCCGGUGAUACACUUAUUAUAAAACCAUUAAUACGAUCAGCAUCAUCAACUAAUGAAAAUGAACAACGAAUUUCUUUAAAUUAUAUAAUAGCACCAAAAUUAGCACGUCCAUCAAAUGAUUCAAAUACUAGUCAAUUAUCUAUUGAUGAACCAUAUGCAUUUGAAGCUCGUGAAUAUUUACGUAAACGAUUAGUUGGUCGUGAAAUAUGUUAUACAAUUGAUUUUGAAAUAACACAAAUGAAUCGUUCAAUAUGUACAAUUUAUUUAGGAAAAGAUAAAGAAACAGGUGAAAAUAUUAUUGAAUCAUUAUUAUCUGAAGGUCUUGUAGAAUUACGAAAACAAACUGGUACACGUGCAAAUGAUGCUAAUUAUAAACGUUUAGUUCUUAUUGAUGAACAAGCAAAAUUAAAUAAACAUGGUCGUUAUUCAGAUGAAUCACCAAAUACUCAUAUAAGAAAUAUGAAAUGGACAUUAGAAAAUCCUAAACAAUUUGUUGAUGAACACAAAUCAUCACCACCAUUCGAUGCUAUUGUUGAAUAUAUACGUGAUGGAAAUAGUGUACGUUGUUUACUUGUACCAUCAUAUUAUUUAGUAACAAUACAAUUAAGUGGUAUUAAAUGUCCUAUAUUAAAACGUGAUGAUAAUUCAAUAAAUGAACCAUUUUCUGAAGAAGCUAAACAAUUUGUUGAAACACGAUUAUUACAACGACAAGUUAAAAUUAUAUUAGAUGGAGUUAAUAAUCAAAAUUUACUUGGAACUUUAUUACAUCCAAAUGGAAAUAUAGCAUUAUAUUUAUUAAAAGAAGGUUUAGCAAAAUGUGUUGAUUGGAGUUUAACUUUAUUGCAGCAAGGUUGGAGAGAAAAAUAUCGUACAGCAGAAAAAUUUGCAAAAGAUAAUCGAUUAAAAAUUUGGCAAAAUUAUGUACCACAAACAGGUCCUAUUGAUAAUGAUAGUAAUGAUAGUAAUACUGCUUCUGCAAUUAAUGGUAAAUCAAAUGAUCCAACACUUAAAGGAUAUCAGGCUAAAGUCUUGGAAAUUAUCAAUGGUGAUGGAUUAACAAUUCGUGAUUUACGUGAUAAUAAAAUUAAAAGAAUCUAUCUUUCAUCUGUUCGUACACCGCGUGCUGCUGAUUUUCAACAAAAAUCUGAUGAAAAUAAUCCAAAUCUUAAUCGACAACAAAUAAAACGACCACUUUAUGAAAUUCCAUAUUUAUUUGAUGCACGUGAAUUACUUCGUAAACGUUUAAUUGGUAAAACUGUACGUAUUAUUACUGAUUAUAUUCAACCAGCAAGUAAUGAUUAUCCAGAAAAAAUUUGUUGUACUGUUUAUAUUGGUAAUGUUAAUAUUGGUGAAGCAUUAAUAUCAAAAGGUUUUGCAAAAACUAUAAGACAUCGACAUGAUGAUGAACAACGAUCAUCUCAUUAUGAUGAUCUUCUUACUGCUGAACAACAAGCAGAAAAACGUUCUCUUGGUUUAUUUUCAACUCGUAGUGGUAUUUAUCGUAUUGUUGAUAUGACUGGUGAUACUAAUAAAGAACGAGCAAAAGGUUUACUAAAUGUUUUUCAACGUAAUGGUCGUAUGGAAGGUGUUGUUGAAUUUGUUGCAAGUGGUUCUCGUUUUCGUAUAUAUUUAGUAAAAGAUAGUUGGAUUAUAUCAUUUUUAUUAUCAUCAAUUAAUUGUCCACGUGCUGAACGACGUAUUCCCCUUAGCAAUAAUUCACAACAACAAAAAAUUGAAGCCAGUGAACCAUUUGGUGCUGAAGCAUUAAAUUUCUCCAAAGAACAUUUCUUGCAAAGAGAUGUUUUUAUUGAAGUUGAAAGUGUAGAUCGUGGUGGUAAUUUUAUUGGUCGUUUAACAACUGCUGAUGGACAAUCAGCUGCAUUAAUGCUUGUACAAGCUGGUCUUGCUAAAGUACAUGAUUCUGCAUAUAAUGCAUCAAAUUAUAAACAAUUAUUAGAAGCUGAAGAAAAAUGUCGGAAUGAACGUAUUGGUGUUUGGACUAAUUAUGAAGAAACAUCAAUAAAAGAGAAUGAAGAUGAGAAUAAUGAAGAAAAUAAACCUGAAGAUGAAAGUGUAAAUGAAUCAGAUACAAUUAAUUUUACUGAACCACGUUUUCGUUGUGUUGUUAUUACUUAUGUUACAUCAGACUUAAAAAUUUAUCUUCAAUAUUCUGAACAAGGACAAAAACUUGAACAAUUACAAACAGAUUUACGUGAAAUAUUUAAUCGAACAAAACCUGUUGGUGAAUAUAAACCAAAAAAAGGUGAAUUAUUAGCUGCACGUUUUACAGUUGAUAAUGAAUGGUAUCGUGCACGUGUUGAAAAAAUUGAAGGAAAUAAUCGUAUAUCGAUUUAUUUUAUUGAUUAUGGCAAUCGAGAAAUAAUUACAGAUUUAAGUCGACUUACAAAAUUACCACCUGAUUUUUCACAAUUACCGGGUCAAGCUCAUGAAUGUGAAUUAGCUUAUGUUCGAGCACCACGUGAUGAAGAUGAUCGACAAGAUGCUAAAAAUGCUUUAUUAGAUGAAAUAGGUAAUGAUGAAUGUUUAAUUAAAGUUGAAUAUCGUCAAAAUAAUAUCGAACGUAUAUCACUUUAUCAUAUGAAUACAAAAGAAAAUUUAGUUAAAAAAUUAGCUGAACAAGGUUUAAUUGUUAUUGAACAAAGACGUGAUCGUCGUCAAAAUCGUUCAACAUUAUUAUAUAAUCAAUUACAACAAGCACAAACCAUUGCUAAAAUAGCACGUCGUGGUAUAUGGCAAUAUUCCGAUCAAAUUGAAGAUGAUGCAAUUGAAUUUGGUUUUACAGGACGUAAAUAA